CAUCUGAUCCUGCUAGCUAAUUAAUCCCUGUUAAUCUCUCGAUCCGUCUGUCUGACGACAGCAUCAUAUAUAAGAAUUCAUAUAUAGUGGAUCAUAUAUUAUCAUCUAUAGCUAGCUAGCUAGUCUCUUACUUUACUUAGCUAGUUAGUAAAAUAAUGAAUCAUGAUCAUCAGUUGGGAAGCAUUGUCGAUUUCCUUGAGAACAAAGCCAUAUUAAUCACCGGGGCUACUGGUUUUCUUGCCAAAAUUUUUGUGGAGAAGAUAUUAAGAGUUCAACCAAAUGUGAAGAAACUAUAUCUUCUGGUUAGAGCUCCUGAUGCCAAGUCUGCCUUGCAACGCUUUAACUCUGAGGCAGUGGCAAAGGAUUUGUUUAAGCUUCUAAAAGAGAAACACGGUACAAAUCUGCAAACCUUUUUGUCGGAAAAAGUUACUCCGGUGGCAGGAGACAUCACUUUUGAGGAUUUGGGAGUACAAGACUCUAGUUUGAAAGAAGAAAUGUGGAAAGAUGUUGAUGUUGUUGUUAACGUCGCUGCAACGACCAACUUUGACGAACGAUAUGAUGUUGCCCUCAUGCUUAACACAUUUGGCGCAAAAUACGUUUUAAACUUCGCCAAGAAAUGUGUCAACAUAAAGCUGCUUCUUCAUGUGUCUACAGCCUAUGUUUCCGGCGAGAAACCAGGACUAAUGCUUGAAAUUCCAUAUAACUUGGGAGAGUCAAUUAAUGGAACAAAUGGGCUAGACAUUGAUGAAGAGAGAAAGAUCGUUGAAGAUAAAUUGAAAGAGCUCAAAUCUGAUCAUCAUAAUUAUAAUGAUAAAUUGGUUAAGUUUGCCAUGAAAGAUUUGGGAAUGAAAAGGGCAAACCGCUACGGUUGGCCAAAUACAUAUGUUUUUACCAAAGCAUUAGGGGAGAUGAUAAUCGGUCACAUGAAGGGAGAUAUGCCGGUGGUUAUACUUCGUCCAACCAUUGUCACGAGUACUUUCAAAGAACCUUUUCCCGGAUGGGUUGAAGGAAUUAGGACCAUUGAUAGCUUGGCACUUGGGUAUGGAAAGGGCCAAUUAACAUGUUUCCUUGGAAAUCCUGAAGCUGUAUACGAUGUUGUACCAGCUGACAUGGUAGUGAAUGCUAUGAUCGCGACAAUAGCGGCCCAUUCAAGUCAAAAGUUUUCUGAGACAAUUUACCAUGUUGGGUCUUCCGUAUCAAACCCAGUGAAGUUCACCGUCAUUCAAAGAUGUGGCUAUAACUAUUUUACGGAGCAUCCGUGGAUCGGAAAGGAUGGGAAGCCCGUCAUAGUUGGAGAAGUUACAGUGUUGAAAUCCAUGGAAAGUUUCCAUCGAUAUAUGGCUCUUCGUUACUUGCUUCCGUUGAAUGUACUUAAAUAUGUGAACAUCGUAUUUUGCCAAGCUUUUGCGGACACAUACAAGAACCUUAGGCGUAAGAUCAACUUCGUGUUACGACUAGUUGACCUUUACAAACCUUACUUGUUCACGAAAAGCUUUUAUGACGAUUUGAAUACUGAAAAGCUACGUAGGGCAAUCAGAGAGAGCGGAGAUGAGGAGAGCCUCUUCUACUUCAAUCCAAGGGUAAUCGAUUGGGAAGACUAUUUCCAGAAUACACACAUCCCUGGUGUAAGACAACGCGAAUUUAAAUGACAUGCAAAACUAUAAACAUUAUAUAUGUGUGUUCGAUAUGUAUAUGUUUUCAAUUACACGGUCUAUAGCUCAAGUAAUACUCUCUCGUAAGCCUAAUAUAAUGUACAAAGGACGACGGAACUAAGAAGAGUAUCGUUCUUUGUACAAAUUUCUUAUAAUUAAUUUGUUACACGUUGUUAAAAGAACAACGAUAUACGGUUUGACAACCAAUUGUUGUAUUUUCAUUGUAUUUUGAUUUCUAUAGUUUAUAUUUGGUAAUUGUGAUUUA